AGGAAGGGGCCUCUGAUGGGUUUUGGACUAGGCGGGGCCCUGGGUAGGGUUUCACUGGGCUGUUUACGUAAUGGGUGGGCCUGUGGGCGUGGCUUUCGCGGGGCGGGGAUUGCGCGGGAAGGACCGGUGGUGGACAGUGUCUGGGCGUGUUUUGCGGUGGGCGUGGUUGGUGGGCGGGUCCUCCAUAAAGCUGCGGCACCCGGCCCUCCGCCUCCGGGUGGCGGAGCAUGUCUGCGUGGCCACCGGCUGCCCGCAGGCUGCUGCCACUGCUACUGCUGCCGCCGCUGCUGCAGGCUCACCCUGUCCCUACAGGUGGCGCUGGGCUUCGCGGAAGGCAGCUGUGACCCCUCGGAUCAGUGCCCGCCCCAGGCCCGCUGGAGCAGCCUGUGGCACGUGGGGCUCAUCCUGCUUGCCGUUCUGCUGCUGCUGCUGUGCGGGGUCACAGCCAGCUGUGUCCGCUUCUGCUGCCUCCGCAAGCAGACAAACACACAGCCUCACCUGUCACAGGCAGCGUGCGAUCCAGUGGGCAUCCCUGCAGACAGCGACAGCCCUGUGCACAGCACUGUGACGUCCUACAGCUCUAUGCAGUACCCACUGGGCAUGUCACUGCCCCUCCCCUUUGGGGAGCUGGACCUGGACUCCAUGACACCCCCUGCCUAUAGCCUGUAUGCCCUGGAGAUGCCCCCCUCCUACGAUGAGGUCAUCAAGAUGUCCAAAACCAGCCAGGAAGAGCCAACCCCCUCCCAGUAGCCCACAUGCCUCCUGGGGGUCUGGGACACAGGAAAUUCUCCUGGGCCUCCCAGUGCCACCACCACCCACUCCUUGCCCAGAGGGGACUGUGCAAGGGCAUUUGGAGCCAAGGACACCCACCCCCCCUCUCCAUCCUUCCCCCCUGGGAAGGCCAGCCAUCCAGCACAUUGCUGCAGCCCUAGCCUCGUUGCUAUGUAACGGCCUGGCCUGGCCCGGCAGGCCCAGCCCAAAGGAGCCCCACAGGCCCUUGGGACCCCUGCCUCUUCCUUUUGGAAAGAAUAAAGUUUAUAUCUAAA